CUGGGGGGGUGCAUAACUGUACCGGCGCGCGGCUGCUGGCGGCUUUGAUUGGCUGCAGCAACUCACACUCCCCCGCCCCCACCGCGGGAAGGCGGAAACGGGAUCGCACAGUGGGAGCGAGCCCUGAUCAACGCAGACCUUUCUGCAAACCACCAGCCCAUCCACCUAUGAUGACAAAAUGAGUGCAGGAGGGAUGGGGGUAGAAGGUCUGGCUUGGGAGGUGGACUAAAGAAUGGAGAAGAAAGUGAGCAGAAUUUAUCCAGUUUCUGAGCCAGGCACAAUAUAUUUUCUGCAAGUCACUUGGGAAAAAGACCUAGGAACUGGCUUUAUGAUAACGCUUAGCGAUGCUCAGUCAGCAUGGGCUGGGACAGUGUCUGAAGCUGAGAUUUCUAAGGAGGCUGAUGACAUGGAAAUGGAACGAGAGAAGUAUGUUGAAGAACUGAGGAAAGCCCUGGUUUUGGGAGCUGGCCCAGCCAACAUGUACAAUUUCGAUGUUUGUAAAGAUGGAGAAAAUGUGGAAUGCUGUGAUUUCUCAUAUGAAAAGAAUCUGAAAGAUGUUUCUUUUAGACUUGGAUCACUGAAGUUACAAAAAGUCUCAAGUCCAACUGAAGUCAUUAAAGAGCUGAUUUGCCACUGCCUAGACUGCAUAGCAGAACUACAUGCCAAAAAGGAGCACUUGCAAAAGGAAAAUGAAAGGCUUUUAAGUGAUUGGAAUGACGUGCAAGGACAGCUGGAAAAAUGUGUGGAAGCUAAAGAAGAACUGGAAGCAGAUCUUUAUAAAAGGUUUAUUCUUGUGCUCAAUGAAAAGAAAGCAAAGAUAAGAAAUUUGCAAAAGUUGUUAAAAGAAGCUCAGGAACCUGCAGAGGAUACAGCACAUAUAAGGGAUAGCAUGGCUACAGUCCAAACUGCUAUUGAAAGAGAGCGAGAUUAUGGUGGCAGCACUGAUGAGGAAAGUGAAAAUUUAAAUCAGCCCUCUACAUUAGAAUCAGUUAGCUCAAGGAAGGAUUCCUUUCUCAGCAGUCCAGAUGUUACUGAUGUUGCACCAAGUAGAAAACGGAGACAAAGAAUACAAAAACCUACUGGGGUGGAACCUAAGCUAGCUACAUAUGAGACCCAGCUUCCAGCAAAGGAAAAACUUGAUCCUGCCCCAUCAAUGACCUCAGGCAAGCGCCCGUCAGAGAUGUCAUCACUAGAAACUCAGAAAAAUACAGCUGAGCCGGAGGACCUCUUUGAUGACAUCUAACUAGGCUUUUUAUUCUGUUUUUGCUGAGGAAACCACUAGAACAACAUUCCUGUUCAACACUGGGUGUUAAACCAUUCAGUUUAAUUACACAUUGAGCUGAAACCAUUGUAUAUAGAGAGAUAUUCUAGCUCAUCUGUAUAAUCACAUCAGUUGUCAAAAUCUUUCACUCCAGACAUUCAGUCCUUGGAACUGAUCUUUAGAUUGAUGUGUGUCACUCUGGUGAGGCCUUGAAGCCCGAGGCUCCUGUGCCACCAUCUCUUGUGUCGGGGGGGUUUCUGGGGGAAGAGUGCCAGGCCAGGAGAUCUUUACACUCCCAGCAAUCUUUGGUUACUCUGGGGAUCAGGUGGUGGCUUAAAGCCACCUUGUACUUUGCCUUCCCACUCCACCAUUACCCCCUUUCCCAAGAUGCACAAAGCACAGUCCAGGAAUUGGACUAUUCCCCCACAGUAUUGAGGUGUUUAUUUUAAAAGAAUGAGUUUAGAAAUUGUGCCUUGUGACGGAAAACACCUGUAAAAGUUUAAUUUCUGGCUGUUCCAUAAAGCUCUCAAAGUCCACCUUUGUAGCAGGAACAUAACUUCAGUAUGCACUCUGAGAUGUAUUUUUGGCUUUGGGAGUAAAAUGGUUGUAAAUUGAUAUUGUUCAUUUUUAUAACAUUGAAUAUUGUCAAAAUAUUUGUUCUUUCUGGUGAGACAUUGACCUAUUGUUUUAAAAAUAAUCAUUUGUGUAAUGCUUUGCUGAUUUUUCUCUGGAUGAUUUCUAAAAAGAGUAAAUACACCUUUUCCAGAUUUUUUUGGUUUGCUUGCUUUUAUUUUUCAGGUUGGGGAGCCGUAAAUGUAAGGGUUAGUUGGCAUAGUUAAACGAUUAAUCUUUUUCUGUCUGAGAGAGCCAAGUUCAUUUGCAUUACAGAUUUAAGACCUGGCUUAUGGGCCAACACAUUUGUGUAAAGUUAAGUAUGAGCUGCAGUUUUUUGCAGGAUCUGGGCCUGGCAAAGGCAGGGCCAGCUCUAGUUCCUAUUCAAGUUAAUAGUGACCUGAUCAUUUGUCCCCAAAAGUUCUGAUCCAUCACAGUAUUUAAGAAUGUGCAUAGUCUCAUUGAAAUCAGUAGAGCUACUCACAUGAUUAAAGUUAAGGACCCACUGCUUUGCUUUGAGGCCUAUGCACUACAUCA